AUGGUUGAGGACAAUGACGACAACACAGGGAUGAACUCUAUUCGCCCAUCACUAUCGUAUAAAGGACAAAUUGACCCCAGGAAAGACUGGACUGGAUCCUAUUUUGAGAAGCAGAUAACUGAUGCUGAUGCAUUCCUGAAAUGUCUAGUAGUAGCACCUGUUGAUUCAUUAGCAUGUAAAGAAAAGAAACGGCUUGCGCAGAUCACAGUUGUGUCAUUCAGUGAAAAACAAGACUUUGCACAAGCCAAGCAUGGCAAGAAAUCAAACCUUUGUAGGGGCACUUCAAAAACCACUGAUCCUUCAUAUCCUCUUGCUUGCUUCGGAUGCGGAUCAGAGGAACAAACCAAAAGGGGCACUCUCCUUUGCUUGCAGUGCCACUGGAAGCAGGCGAACCUGCCCUCAUCAAGUCGCCUGCAUCGGAGCCGCCUCUCACUUCAAUCGCCGCAGCCCUCUGUUUCUCUGGCCGCCGCAGCUGCACCAGAGCCGCCGCCCGCUGGUUCUCCAGCCACCGCAGCCUGCACCGGAGUCCCCAACGACUUCAAUCGCCACCGCCUGCUGACAUGCGUGCUGUCCACACGGUGGAGGCGCCUCUGGCGCUCGGUGCCGUCCCUGGACAUCGACUUUGAUGAGUUCAACAAGGCGCCCCCUUCUGAUGUCAAUCGCAUCUGUCUCUCAAGUAGCGACGACAGUUCUAGCUCCGAGAGUGAUACCUCUGAUUCUGACAGUGACAGAUGGCUACCGCAUCCUUUCAACAAGCACUUCAUCAAGUACAAGGACUGGGAGGAUUUUGAGGAUUUUGCUGUGACCCUGAUGUGCCGCUGUAACAUUGCACAAUUGGAUUCAUUCCGGCUGAAUAUUGUUAGAAGCAGAGCUCCGGUGUUUGGCAAUAGACUGGCAGCAGGAUGGCUCCGUCGCGCCAUGAAAUAUGACACCCCAGAUCGUGCCAGUAAGCUGGGACUGAGCUCAGGUUCUUGGCGCCUCAAAAGGCUGCAUCUCUGCCAUGUACUUCUUGAUGACCAUUUUGUGAAGCGUGUUAGUUCAGUGUACCACUCUUUGGAGGAUUUGGAGCUGGACGAUUGCAGUUGUCAAAUUAUGUCAAUCACCUCCCAAUCGCUGAAGACCCUGGUUCUUAAAAAAUGUCGAUGGCGCAGUCUUUCUGAGAUUAUAUCGCCCACACUGAAGACAUUGGUUAUUGAUGGUGGCUCAAAUACUGCUGCCUGUGCGCUUGCUAUCUUGGCCCCUGCUCUUGCAUAUCUGCAUCUGGCUGUGGAUGUUUAUAGAUUUUGUGGUGGUGUUUCAUUAAACGAAGUGCUAUCCGUUGGAAAGGCUUUUAUUCAUCUACUGCAUCACAAAUAUAAUCAUGCCAGAAGUAAACUUGAUGGCGAUCAAUUCAAGCUUCUUUGUAGCAUAUCUAACUCUACAAAUUUAGAAUUAUCGGGUGUCGGGACAAGGGUGCUUGGUAAGGAACCCAGAUUCCAAGAAUUCAAGAACCUGAGGAAAUUAUUGCUGGACAACUGUGAUCUCAGUGAUAACUUCAGGACAUUGGUAUUCUUUCUUCGGAGUUCUCCUAUUCUUGAGAAAGUCACUUUGCGUUCCCAAAAUGUUCUAAAAAGAGACAUGCCCAUACGCAACGAGAUCUCAUCUUCUGAGCUCCGUGGACUGGAUUUGCUGUGUGAGAACCUCAAGGUUGAAAUCAUAUAUAAUGAUGGCUAUGGACCCCACCUUAUGCGGCUUCUGCUUCACAUUUCAGUGAAUCUGUCGAAGAACAACAUUAAACUCACCAAAGUUAAUUAG